UUUUUAAUUUAUACAAUUAUUAUUAUUUUGAUUUCUGUUUUUCCUGCCAUAAUUUUCUUCUUUCCACAAUGGGUUCUGAAGAUGGAUCCUAUCGAUCAUCCAAGAAUUCCAAGAAACCCAAAUAUUCUAGGUUUACCCAGCAAGAACUCCCAGCAUGCAAGCCAAUUCUAACACCCGGUCUGGUUAUAGGAAUCCUCAUCUCUCUUGCUAUAAUCUUCAUUCCAAUUGGUCUACUCUCCUUUUCUGCAUCACAAAAUGUUGUCGAAGUUGUUGACCGCUACGACGAGGAAUGCGUUCCUGCCACGUCAUCAAAGCUUGGAUUCAUCCAAGAUGCCCAAACAAACAAAACCUGCAUCAGAACUUUGAUUGUUCCAAAGAAGAUGAAGCACCCGAUUUUCGUGUACUAUCAGCUAGACAAUUUCUACCAAAACCAUCGUCGGUAUGUGAAAAGUAGAAGUGAUCAUCAGCUAUGGAGCCCGAAAAACGAGUACAUGACAAAGCUAUGCGAACCAGAGGCGGUCGACAGCAACAACGAGCCCAUAGUUCCAUGCGGCCUCGUUGCUUGGAGUUUAUUCAACGACACCUACACAUUUUCAAGAAACGACAACUCCUUAACCGUAAACAAAAAGAACAUCGCCUGGACAAGCGAUCGAACCAAGAAAUUCGGAGCCAACGUCUACCCGAAAAACUUCCAAAGCCACGGCUUAAUCGGCGGUGCAAAGCUGAACGAGACCAUACCUUUGAGUGAGCAAGAGGAUCUUAUUGUGUGGAUGAGGACAGCGGCACUGCCCAGUUUCAGAAAAUUAUACGGGAAAAUCGAAACGGAUCUCGAAGCGAACGAUAAAAUUACGGUUGUGAUCGAAAACAAUUACAACACUUAUGCAUUUGAUGGGAGGAAGAAAUUGGUGAUGUCUACUGUGACAUGGAUUGGCGGGAAAAAUGAUUUCUUGGGGAGGAUGUAUUUGACAGUUGGUGGAGCUAGCUUGUUCUUUGCUCUUGCUUUCUCUCUCCUCUAUAUACUUAAACCAAGACCUUUGGGGGAUCCAACCUACUUGUCCUGGAACAGAAAGCCUACACUAUAAAUCAAAUUUUUUUUUUAUUAUCCAUUAUUAUUAAUUUUAAAUGUGGCUAUAGAAGUAGAGUUCUUGUAUCAUUUUUCAUGAUUAUAUUGUAAUAUUUAUUGAUUUAUUUCUUAUUAAUUAUUAUUGAUAAUAUGGCAUUCAUUCAAUUAUGAAUU